CACAGGAUAUGUCGGAGCGCUAAUUCUCACAUUGUGGAGAGUUCGGUCUUAGACCAGGAGCGAAAAUGACGGACUUGGUCACUCAUUGUUGUACUCUAAGGCUCGCAAUAGCAACAGCUGCUCGACAUGCAAUCGCUCACCUGUUCUUCUUGGCGGGGGGAUGCUGGCAGUCCCAGAGACAGAGCGGAAUGAGUGAUCCCACUUUAAAUGGGCAGAGCUUUUUGGUUCUUGAUGAGCAGAGGUUUGCUAAAGAGAUUCUACCAAAGUAUUUCAAGCACAACAACAUGGCUAGCUUUGUAAGGCAAUUAAACAUGUAUGGUUUCCGUAAAGUGGUACAUGUUGACUCUGGCAUUGUUAAGCAAGAGCGGGAUGGCCCGGUGGAAUUUCAACACCCUUUCUUUGUCCAAGGACAGGAUGAGUUACUGGAAAAUAUAAAGAGGAAGGUGUCCUCAACAAGACCAGAGGAAGGCAAAGUGCGUCAGGAAGAUAUAUCAAAAAUUUUAAGUAAUGCUGCAAAGGUUCAAGUCCAACAAGAAACUAUUGAUUCAAGACUGUUUACAUUAAAAAGGGAUAAUGAAGCUCUAUGGAGGGAAAUAUCUGACUUGCGAAACAAACAUGCUCAGCAGCAACAAGUUAUUCGAAAGAUUGUACAGUUUAUUGUGACUCUGGUGCAGAACAACAGAUUAGUCAGUCUAAAGAGAAAACAGCCAUUACUUUUAAACACAAAUAACUCUCCAAAAUCCACACGGCUGCAGACAAUUGUUAAAGAGACAGUGGAAGAUAAUCAUCAUGUUCCCCUUAGAACGGAAGGCUUAAAAAGAGGGGACCUUUCAGAAGACAUUGUCAUCUAUGACAUAACUGACAACGUGGAAUUUGAGGAGGAGGAAAAGAAGGAAACAGCAACUCAUGCUGUUCCUGAAAGUUCUGAUGAAAGUACCUCUGAUACAGUGACUGAGAGGCUUUCACCAGAAAUUGUAAUAGUGGAAGAUGAUAGUGAUUAUGAAGACACUCCAGUUGGGCAAGGAAAUAAAAAUGCUGAGACUGGUCUUCGGAGCCCAGCUGGUGAGAACACGUCUGUUCCUUUAAUGUCAAGUGCCCUACAGCUCAACAACCAGUCUUCUUUUAAUCAAGAAGAUCCAGUUACAAUGAUGGAUUCCAUUCUUAAUGAAAGUGGCGUUAUUUCUCAAAACCUCAACCUACUUGGAAAGGUUGAGUUGAUGGAUUACUUGGACAGCAUAGACUGCACGUUGGAUGAUUUCAAAGCUUUACUGUCUGGGCGUCAAUUCAGCAUAGAUCGCGAUCUGCUGGUAGAUCUUGAAACUAAAGGCAUUGAAUCUCUGAAGAGCAGUGGUGCUGUCCCAGGACCUGAAGAUUCCAAUGGGGAUAACCAUAAAUCUGAUCAGCAGCUUGUGCAAUAUACCACCUUUCCACUUCUGGCUCUUUUUGAUGGGGAUAGUGGAAAUGUAACAACGGACACCCCACCAGACAAAACACUAGAAGACCAGCUGCUGGAAUCUAAUUUUGACUCUCGCCCACCGCAAAGCAAAUUAAUGCGCCUAGAACCAUUGUCGGAAGCAGAGGCCAGCGAGACUACUCUUUUCUAUUUGUGCGAACUGGCACCAGCGCCUUUGGACAAUGAUAUGCCGCUGCUGGAUUAAAUGUUUGGGAUCUGUAAACAACUGUAUAUAUUCAUCAAAAUGAUGAACUAUUUAUUUAAAGUAUCAUUAUGGUACUGCAUUUUUUUUUUCCUCUGUCUUUUUGCAAUUUUGUUACUGUGGCAAUUUACGGUUUUCGUCUAUCAAAAUAAUUAAGAAAAAAAAACAUAAGUUAUAAGGACAUAGGUUUAGCCAUUCAAGCUUAAUUUAAAUUAGCCUAUUUUAGAAAUAGGCUACAGUCUAAACAUUUACAGGGCCACUCCUUAAUAUACAGAAAUAGCAAAACUGAUUGUGCACUUGCAGCCUACACCUUUUACGUAUUUCACCUACUACAAAUGUCAUAACAAGAUGUUUUUGUUUUUUAAGUUUAGAUCACUGUGGCAUAUAAAAAGGGACCUUUGUAUGGUAAAUAUAAUUGCUGUUAAAACACCUGUAAAGUGCAAAAGCAUGAAUGCAGCUCUUGUCUAUUUUCUGGAUGCUGCUUGUUACAGCCCCAAAAUCAAUCUCCACGUACCCACUUAACCUAUGAGGUUUUUUUUGGAGCCCUUCUAUAUAUGUAGCAGGAGUCAGAACUCUUUACCUGGGCUAAGCAUUGUAUUUUGUGCCCCUGGGUGCUCAGCUCAUGUUAUAUCUGGUGCAUACAGGAGCAAUAAACCACAGAUGUGUUUCUGCUUAGACUGCAUCUUUACAUGUCUGAGAAAUGCAAAGGUUUGUUUUUUACUCUCCAAGGAUAACAAUGCAAAUAAGCAGAGCAUACAUGGUAAGAUCUGCUUGUUUCGCAAGUGCCCAAAAUAAGCAGAUUUGUAUCUGAGCUGGCCACCAAGGCUGGGGGCCAAAUCAGGAUGAUGGCCUCUAGACCACAAUUGAAUUAUAAUUGGACCUAUGAAGACCCAUCAGUACAGGACAGUGUCAGUAUGGUCCUCCCCGAAGGGGAUUUUCAAACCUGGCAGAUAUUAAUCGUGCAGAAUCUCCCAAGAGAACCCCUACCCAGCCACACAAGUUGCCAACUCAGUCUGAAGGGGAGUGUCUGUAUAUGCCCCGCUUUAGAUGAGUUUAGUUCUAUUUCUUAAUUGAAGUCUUGCAGUGGAUUUUUAUGCUCUGUUCGUUUUUAAAGAAUUCACCUUUUAUUUAUUUUUUUUAAGUACAAUUUGGUUCCCUGGCGCACACAUUUUAUGCAGUUCACAAUUGGCCUUACACUGAGUUUCACACAGUUCCAAAUUUACCAGCUGUUACGUUUUGUUUUUAAAACUAUAUUGAAGUUCUCGGCCAUGCAGAUACAGCUACAAGCAUUAAGUGCCUGUCUUGUUUUUUAGUGUUACAUAUUGCUCAAUAGUAGUUUUUCUCUGUUGGUUACUUGGAGGGACCAAUGAUACAUUGGGUGAUACAUUGGGUGUUUUAAAACCCAUUAAUGCACUACUGACAGAUGUUGGUUUUAUUAUGGCAUUAAUAUAUACCAAUAAAAGAAAAAUCUGUCCAGCAUUAUGCAGUUUAAAAUGUUUGUGCAUGUUUAUUAUGUUAUGCAAAUGUUUAAAUUUAUAUUUGGUUCCAAUUUCUCUCCUUUGGAAAAAGUAUUUUUGUUCAGAUGUUUCAUUCAAGCAAUAUAAAGUGAGGGCAAAUAUGAUACUCUUAAAUAAUUCAGCCUGCCAAUGCAGGCUUCUAUACAAAUAUAUCUUCUAUAUUUAUUUAUACUAACUAGUGGGGAGAAUGGGCUUUCAUGCAUCUGACCUGCCCAAACUUUGUUGGUUUUAAAACAGAAUAUCACUUCCUCAAUGAAAGCACAAUGUAUGCUUUUUGCUAAAUAUGUUAGCCCCAAAGGCUAGGCCAAGGCAGUGUAUGACUUCUUUGAUUUUAUAUUGACUGUGUAAGUAAUGUUGUGCCUUUUAACUAACACAUCAGUCUGAGAAGUUUACCCUAUCAACAGCAUUUGGAGAACAUCAUUUAAAAUAGUUCUAAAUAUCCAAAUGUUUUUAAAUGGAUAAACAAAAAUCAGAAAAGUUCAGGGUAACCAGCUGACAUAUAUAGAAGGAUGUAGAAGAAAAUCUGUGACCAUGUUUCUAUCUAUCCUUCUACCAAAGUGCUGUCAGCUGUAAUAGUAUCCUUUACUAAAUAAUGUGAUGUGCUCCUUUAAGUGGAUUCCCAAUUGAUUUAGUACUUAUCUCCUGCAGAUUAAAUUUUGAUUUUUCUCAG